ACAUAUUUAAAUUGUACGAAAAAUAUAUUAUAUACACAGCGCAUUACACACAUUUGUUACAGAAGAGGGCUUUUACUUUGAAGUGUAACAUUACCAGGAAAUAACUGCGCAAGACAUGUAAACAGAAGUAGCGUGAAUUGAGGUAGCAUUGGCCCUGAGAUCCUAUGGGUGUCCAGGGUCUGACCACCUUUGUGGAGGGGAACAAACACUUGUUUCAAGAUGUGAAGUUCAGGGACAGUCGCCUGGUCAUUGAUGGCUGCAGUUUGUAUUUCCGCCUCUACUUUAACCACUAUUUAGACCAGCAGCAUGGAGGGGAAUAUGGUGCUUUUGCAUCCCAGCUCACCCGGUUCCUCUCUGCGCUGGCAGCCUGUAAUAUCCAGCCAUACGUGGUAUUGGAUGGAGGUGUUGACCCCAGUGACAAGAAGUUUUCCACUCUGCGUCAACGUCUGCAGUCCAAGAUAAGGGAGGCAGACAGUCUUUCUCAUGGCCGCAGUGGCUCUGUUCUCCCCAUUCUCACAAGAGAGGUCUUCAUUCAGGUCCUCAUCCAGAGAGGAGUCCCACUGGUUCAGUGUCCAUUUGAGGCUGAUAGGGAAAUUGCAUGUUUGGCUCACCAGUGGAACUGCCCUGUUCUGACCAAUGACAGUGACUUUUAUAUCUUUGACCUUCCAGGUGGUUACCUGCCAUUCCCUUUUUUCCAGUGGAGCAGUGUUAAUGGUAAAGGCUCUCACUGCUACAUCUCUGCCCUGUGCUACACCACCAACAGGCUGUGUCGUUGGUUUGGGGGCAUGAACCCGGAGUUGCUACCCUUAUGUGCUGUCCUGAUUGGUAAUGACUACGGUGCUCCAAAAGAUGCUGAAACACUCUUGAGUCUGUUAGAUGUGAGCACGUUACGGAGAGGGGGUUUCAAGGGUAAAGGUAGCUCUCCUCGUAUUGAGGGCCUCCUCCUCUGGCUGUCCACUUUUUCAUGUCCUGCGGAGGCCCUAAGGGAAGUGAGUGGACUAAUGGGGGAGGGAGGCAGAGGUGGCGGUCCUAGGGGCAAGAAGAGUGAGCUUAGCUCACAGCUGCUGGCAGGUAUGCAGGAGUACCACAUCACUCCUCAAAGCUCUUUGGCUCGCUGGUUCUCUGGAGGCAAGGCUCUUCCCGGAGGGCUGAUCUCUGGGCUGCCAGAGUAUCUGUCGCUGGCUGCGGCGCAGGGACAGUUAGCUCCCUUGGUGGUGAAUGCUGUGGUAAUGCAGAGGGUCCUGCUUAUUCCACAGGUGGAGAACAGCAAGCUAGCCAGCAGCCACAUCACUGCCAGAGCAAUCCGCCAGGUUGUAUAUGGGAUAUUACUGCAUAGGGGUCAAGAUGUCCAAGCACAGGAUAUGAGGGUACAAGAAAACAUCAGCAGGGGUACAAGAGGUGGGAGAGGGCAAGGGCGAAGGGGGCAGAGAGGUGGACAGCUUGGUGGAGGUCGGGGUCAGGGAAUCGUUUUACACACACAGCAGGGUGUUAACGCAGCAAUUGGUGCAGCACAGACUCAGGGCUCUAGUACCCCCUUGUGUGUAGAGGAGUAUGACCGGCUGGACCUGAACCUGAGGAAAAGCCAGAUAGAGGCACAUCUGCCCAGAACACCCUUGUGUUUGGACAGACUUGACCAGGCUCCUGUGGCAGCUCGUCUUGGUGUCCUGCUAGAAGUCUUGGGUGUUAAGGAGUGUGCUCUGGCUCCUGUUCCUAUCCACCUGAGGCUGGCUGUAGCAGUGACAGGCUUCUGGCUGCGAGAGGCCAUGCCAACACCCUCACAGCCCCAGCUCAAGGCUUUAUUGCUGGUCAUGGUUUAUGGAGAACUGUCCAGCAACAACCAGCCCGGAGCUGCCCCGUGCCGACAUGCCUUUCCACAGCUAAACCGGGAUGCAGAGCGCAAUGUGUUGGCAGGCCUGGAUCGACUACGUGUGAGGCCAGGUGAGAGACGGGGCUUGGAUGUCGGCGCGGCUCACAGUUUCAGCCAAUGGCAGGCGUGCCUCUGGAGUGCACUGUGUCUCAAUCAGCUGUUGCUGCUGCCAAUGCCUGAACCCCACCUAUCAUGGUUAUUUAGUGGUACAUUGGUGCACGGCCUCCUCAGGCAUAUAAAUGGGGGCAGAGCUGCUGAAUCCUUCCUACCAGGGGGUUCUUCAUCCAGACAACUCUACUUCUCCCUGCUGGACGCUGUGAGCAACUGCAGCUUCAAAAGCAACCCUUCUUCUUCGGCAGCAGGGAGGAGGAAGAGAGGUGGAGGGCGAGGGAGGAGAGGGAGAGGCAGAGGUGGGAGGGGAGGAGGGGGACGGGGGAGAGGGACCGAGGAGAUAAACAACAGGUUUGCUCUCCUGAUGAGUGAGGAAGAGUCUGAUGAUGGUUAUUGAGGAGGUAGAGACAAAUGAACAGAUCAACAUAAAGCACUUGGUAGUGGCCAAAUGAGGGGUGACAUUCCAGCGUUUUAUUAAACAAACUCAGGGGCUGCUACAAUUACUCGAUGUCAAGUGCAAUGAUGUCAACAGCUAGAACUCUUAAUGUUUACCAAUAAAUGUCAAGCUUUUAUAAUUCUAUUGCACUAUUUUAACUUUACUCACUAAUACUCACCAUACGUCUUAAAUCAUGUGGUCAACACAUCAGUUUUACCAAAGCCAAUGCUUGCCAUAUUUUAGCAGAUUUCUUAGAGCUUUUAUUAAAGUAAUGUCACUAUUAUUAAUGCAACAGCUUAACGCAGCAGUUUUAUUCAGUUACAGCAGCAAAAGAUUUAAAAAGUAAAUGUACAGAUGUCUUAUUUUACAAUCUGUUCAUAAUCAGAAAAAAUGUUUCAUGGCAGCUAGUGUCAUUCUUAAUGAGCAACUCAUGAAAUCUCGUUUUUAUUUCAGCAUUUGCCUCAAGAAGAAUAUUUAUGAAAUUGGUGCUUGACUUUACUUCUCUAUGUAUUUCAAAAUAUAGAAAUUAAACUCAUCAGCGUGUUUCCUAAAUGAUCACACUAUUUUUUCCUCGUAUCCACAUAUGGCUGAAAAUAAAAUGUUUAUACAUGCUCCAUAAAA